CUCCUUUCCUUUCUGUUCCAUGUUAUCUUGGAGAGGAGUUCUUUAUGGCGUUCUUUGUGAGGGCUGGUUUAAGGGUCAAGAACUUUACGGUGACUAAUUGGAAGCUUGUGUUGUUGUCUACCAAACACUACCUUAGAAUUCGAGAAAUCUCCUUCAAGGGCACUAAUAACUAAAGUAUGGGCUCGCGAACUGCCAGAAUUCGGGCUUGCCAGAAUUUGGGCUUCCCUAGUGGAUUCACUGCAGACUCCCUUUCCUUGUGAUGGAUUUAUUUUCCGUCGCAAACAACCCACACUAUUUAAAAGAAAAAUGUGUACCCAAGAACUCAUAGGGUAAACAGAAAGAGGUUUUGGAGCUCAGAGGCAGAGAAUGGCGGGUGGAAAAACAGCCAAUGAAUACAGAGAACAAGAAGAAGAAGAAAAUCAUGAAAAGGAAAUGAAAAAGGAAGAAGAAGAAGAAAAAGAAGUUCCAGUUCCAAAUCCAACUGAAAAAAACGGCGAUGAAAAAGCGAUGAUGACUCCAUGGGAGCAACACUCUGGUGUUAUCAAACUCUCUCGCUAUGACUACAACGCCCCUGCUUCUCUUCUCCUUCACUCCCAUUCCGGCUUUCUCAUCACUUGCACCAUCAAGAGGGAGAAAAGUGCUACAAAAGAAGCUCUUUCCAUCCUUGAAAAGUUUGUUGGGGCCUUUAACGCGGGUGGUUUCGAAUGUUCGAAGAACCCUGGAGAAUAUAGUUCAUUUAAGAGAAUGAGGGUAGAUACACAAGACAUUGGUGGGGAGUGUUUGGAUGUCAAGGAAACUGAGUCUGUUACUGAUAACUCUGGAGAUGGUAAAGUUUUGAGUCCUGCUAAAGCAGAGGCAGAAGAUAAAGAUGGAGUAACUGAUCUUUCUUUGGUUAAGCUCACAAGGAAUGGGUUGCUUCUUUUUAUCUAUCCCAAUAACAUGUUUCCCGACACAGUGAAUAUUGUGUCAAAUAUCAUUCAAUCUUUGGAAUCUGGGAGCACAAGUUUGCCGGUUUGGUGCCAUCGCAUUUUCCCCAUCCAAGCUACUUGUCGCUUGAACGAAAAAGAACUCCAAGAAGUAGUAUCAAUGCUUGUUAAAAAAUUCUUGGCUUCUAAACAGGGCAAGCUUGAACGGCCUCUUAAGUUUGCUGUUGGGUACAACCGAAGAGGAAUUGAAGAUACCAAGUUUGCAAAAGAAAAUUCAAAUGGUUCCAAUGCAUUUAGUUUGCUGGAUCGUAAUAAAUGCUUCUCCGUAGUGGCUUCUGCAGUCAAUGAUGUUGUGGAAGAUUCAGUAGUGGAUCUCAGGUCCCCAGAGCUCUCCAUUCUUGUUGAGUUGCUGCCCCUUUCAAGAGUACCUAAUGGAUCAUUAGUGGUUGCUGUCUCUGCACUCCCCAGGAACCUUGUUAGUACAAAACCUCGGCUCUGUGUUAAGGCCCUGACUUCCAAUACUAAGGAAGGGUCUGUGGCUCAUUGAGAAGGAUAGUGCUGCAGUGCUGUUUCAAUUCAGCAGCAUGCUUUUGGUGGUAGUGGACAAUGUUGCUUUUGUCAGGUUGGAAUUAUCUGGUGGAUUUUGUAUAAGCCUGCGAGUGGAAAUUGAGUGAAGAACCAUUGUGCAAUCCCUCCUUAACCAGCUAAUAAGAAAUAGCAUACCAUAUAUUGUUCUGACCCUUAGUAACAGGUACAAGGUGUAGGCACUUUUGCUCCACUGCACCCAUUUAUGAUGUGGCUAUCUUAUUAUUAAAUGUGAUUUGUGACUUUUAAGUUGAACACUUUAUUGGCUUUAUGCCUUGGCCUGAUGUAUUGUCUAGUUUCUGAUGCCAUUGUAUUUGGCAGGUUGCUUAUUAGCAUUGCAUGUUUUAAAGAAUAUGAAAAAAUGAUCAUAUUUAUAAUUUUGUGAUCAUUUUCAAUUGAAAAGAGAAAUUGAUGAGCUUGCCAAAUAUUCUAUUCUUAAACAUUUA